UCCAAUUAAUGGAGAAUUCAACCUCACGUCCCGAUUUAGCAUUGUCUGCGCUGUAUCUUAGUCAAUUUCAAAGUGCUUUUGUAACACUUCAUCAGUUUCAGGAACCAAGACCUUUUAUAAUCUUUCUAAGGAAUGCAAAAAUGUACGGUUGCCCACGGCACAAAAGUUACUCGCAGCUUAAUUUCAUCGACAUGUGUGUAUUUCGAAAAAAAAAAAUCAGUUUUAUUCCACCGUGUCCUUUAAUUGCACGUUUAAUGGAAACACUGAUUUUUAAGGUUCUGCCGAGAACUGAGGCGUCUGUUCUGAUAAACAAGCCUAUAAAUUAAGUGGAAAUAGGCAUUUAAAAAUAUGGUAAGAUCUAAGACUGCAGGCCGAGGCUCGCGCAGACAGGUGUGCGGCCGGUCAUUCGAUCUCAUUCUUUAAUUUAGCUGUUUAAUUUAUUAUUAUUUUAUUUCAUAAUUUCUUUUACAAUAUUAAAAUGUUUGCAUGUGUAUAUUCGCAGUUUAUUCCACAAUAUCCAAAUCGCUUAACUCACAACAGAUAUAUAAAGGAUUUUUUUUUGUCUCAUUUCGUCAAUUUUCGUUUUUGUAGUAAUUUGCAGUAAAGUUUACUACCAUUACGUAGUGUAUUUUGGGCCUUACAUUUAGUGUUUUUAACUUUCGACACAUCCAUUGAAACGAACUAAUUAAUUUCGCUCUGUUACCCCAGCGCGCAUAUAUGUUUGUAGAAAUUAAUUAUUCUCCCAUAAUUCUUUGCUUUUGGCUUAAAAGUCGUUAUUUUUCAUAACAGAUAACUAAAGUCCAAGAUUCGGCCGACUUUCCACAUUUUCGUGGAGUGUCUUAAAAUUUAGCAACUGUUAAAACUUCAGUUAUUUCCAGCCAGUCGCUGUGUAUAUUGGACUGAGUUAUCCCCCCCCCCAUGUCACUUGAAAAAAUGUUAAUUUUUUUUUUUUAAUGAAAUAAUUUGUUUAAUACUGGAUCUAUACUUGCAUGACAAUUAAUUCAGGAUUUGGUAUCCCACAAGUCUGCUUCUGCAAUCAGAGGUGUUAAUUAAAUGCCUGCUAAAUUUGGCCCUGUUUAAAUUCAUCUUGCAAGUAAAAACUAAAUUGUAAAUGCAGCACAAAUACUGUCAGCUGUAUCCGAUUCAUUUAAUUGAAUAUUAAAAGUGUAUUCAUACUAAAUAUUUUAUAACGCUAAACCAUAAAUUAAAUUAACUGAUAAUGAUUUUACCUGAAGUAGCCUAUACCGAAGAAAGCUCCUAUCCAUAGGCCAACUGUUAUUUUAACUUUUUUGAGAAAUUAAGGAAGCUUUUUUUAUAUUUAAGAUCGAAAAGAAAUGAGAUGUUAAAUGUUUUUCAUCGCAGUGCACUCUGUGGACACCGUUCCCUGUUCAGUACUUGUACUGAUUUAUGUACUGGGAUGUUUAAACAGUAUUCAGUUAAUUAGCGCUGAUGCAGGUUUGCAGCUUUUACAAAGAAUGACAAAGGCUGUUUAAAUGAAAACCUAAGUAUUUGUUAUCUUUGGGCUAUUUCUGGGCGGUAAAGUCUUGCUUAGCUUGGAUUAAGGAUCUGGGAGGAGUUUGCGCUGCUCCGUAUUCAUAAGUUGGGAGGCUGCUUCAGGGAAUCGCACUUUCGUGAUAUAAAGUCCUGGGCUUUCUUUAAGACGAAAUAUUGAAGAAGGUACCCAUUGCAGACCCAUUGCCGCUAGUCGCCUUGCUUCAGGUCGACGUUUCGUAUGAAAAGAGAAACUUUCGGACGAUGAUGGAGUUUAUGACCGAGAAGUUCUCGAUGAAGAGCCAAGUGAUAAAAGGCAGCGAUUAUUACAUGGGAUCGGGCGGCUCGCUGGAUCAAGUUAUGGAGAACCUGGACAGUGUGCAGUAUUAUAGCAAGACCUCGCCCAAGUGCGUCCAGGCCUUCAGCAUCCAAAACGGGGAUCCCCACGCGAGGCUGGAGAGGGCAUCUCCCUGUGAAGACCAAAAUGCUACUUAUGUUGCUCCGAAAUCUGAGGAGGAUCCUCUGCACACGAGUUUCGGCGAGUCCAUGGAGUCCUGCUGCACCGUGAGGGGCUCGCCGGUGAGCGCAGGUCAGGAGAAGCCCGACCUAGACGACCUGGGGGAAAAGUGCGACAGUAACGUGUCCAGCAGCAAGAAGAGGCGCCACAGAACCACCUUCACAAGCGCGCAGUUGGAAGAGCUGGAGAAGGUCUUCCAGAAGACCCACUAUCCAGAUGUGUAUGUGAGGGAACAGCUGGCAAUGCGGACAGAGCUCACAGAGGCCAGAGUCCAGGUGUGGUUUCAGAACAGAAGAGCCAAAUGGCGCAAAAGAGAGCGAUACGGACAGAUCCAGCAGGCCAAGAACCACUUCGCGGCGACCUACGACUUAUCGGUAUUACCGCGGGCGGAGAGCUACCCCCAGAUCUCCAAUAACCUGUGGACGGGCCCCGGGGCUGGCGGUUCGGUGGUGUCCUCCUGCAUGAUCGCUCGCGGCUCGCCCCCCUGUGUGCCCUCCUACCCCCACUCUCCUCGCGGGGACCACGGGUACAUGGCGUUCCCCAACCAGCAGAAUCAGUUUGGCCACAUGUCCCUGAACAACUUCUUUAGUGAUUCACUGCUAAGCCCGCCGGCCAGCGGACACGCCUUCGAGACGAAGCCCGAGUUGGAGAGGAGGACCUCCAGUAUCGCCGUGCUCAGGAUGAAGGCCAAGGAGCACGCAGCCAACAUCUCCUGGGCCAUGUGAAUGGGUGGGGAGCCUGGUUAAGGACAGAAUACGGCACCAGGAGGCACAAUGUAGGCCUACGGUACUGGCUGCUCUGGCCAUGGGCUACAAAGACUUUAUUUUUAUACAUGUAACCAUUGCAUGUCUAGAUCUAGUAGCACACAGCCCAUUCUCUGCUAUGGUUUGGGCAAACCUGAGUACUAAAGUUUAAAGAGGAUCCCAAAGAAGGAUAUUUUAUUUUAUAUGUGUGUAAUAUAUGUACACAUUACAUGUACACUGCUUAGAUACAUACUGAACACUGCACUAAUUUCUUUAGAAAUUUUUGUCCAGAUAAUUAUUGGGCUAAAAAAACCAAAGUGUAACCUGAAGUAUGAUGUAGCUUCUUGCUGUAAUUACUGUACAGUUCACCCUAAUUACCCUACAAUCCAAUGUAAUUACUAUACAGUUCACUGUAUUUUAUUACAUACAGUUAACUGUAACUAUUUGCAUACAGUUACCAUAAUUAAUUACUGUAAAGUUUAUUGUAAUUACUGUACAAUUCACCACAAAUAUUCACCACACAAUUCAGUGUAAUUAUCCUUGGAGUUCACCGUAAUUAAUUACCAUACAGUUUGCCAUAAUUAAUUGCCAUACAGGUACCAAACAAUUCACUUUAAGUAAUUACCAUACAAUUACUGUAAUUACAGUUUAUGGUAACGUCGGGUUAGCAUUUUUUGUAAUAUAAUUAUGUUUCAAUUUUAACAGAUUAAAUAAAAUUCGCUAUGUUACUUUUAUUUCUUUUUGCGUAUCUUUUGCAUAGUAAAAAUGUUUUUUUGCUAUUGUUUGAAAAAUGUUUCUGUUCCAGUUCUUACGGCCUAUUUUGUUAAGUUUUGUCUACAUUUCAGUGAUAUAAAAGUAUAAUUUGUGAAAUGCUCAGUAUUUUUAUCGCAUUUUUUUGUGGUGCUAUGUUUAUGAUGUUAUUCACUACAGGCCCUGUAUUUUAAUUGAAUAUGAAUAGCUGGUAUUUUUCCAUUUUGUCACCCAACCACACAGACACAUACUGCAUACGUAGUUCAUGAAACCUGAAAUAUUUCGUUUAUAAAUAUUUGAUAUCAGGGUUGCCCU